GGAAAAGCCGCUUUCCUGGGGACAGGAGCAGAGCCAGGACGGGCCAUGGAGUAUGAAGCGAAGAGAGGGAGAAAGGGGUUCGUGUCUCCCAUCAAGCGGCUGGUUUUCCCGAAGGCAGCUCGAAAGCAGGCCCUGAAGAGCAGUUUGUGCCGGCGUCCCCUGCACUCUGUCCCACUGUACCCUCCGGACUAUCUCAUCGACCCCCACAUCCUGCUGCAUGACUACGUGGAAAAGGAAGUGAAGUUUUUAGGUCACCUGACUUGGGUGAACACUUCCUUGAACCCCUCCAGCCGUGAUGAGCUGUUGCAGCUGCUGGAUACUGCAAGGCAAUUAAAGGAGCUUCCUCUGAAGACGACCCCUGAGCAGGACAGCAUCCUGAGCCUUUCUGCACGCUGCCUGCUUCUUACAUGGAGGGACAAUGAGGAGCUCAUCUUGAGGAUCCCCACCCACGAAAUUGCUGCUGCCUCCUACCUGAGGGACGAUGCCCUGCACCUCCUGGUGCUCAAAACAGGCUUAGGAGUCGACCCAGUCCGUGCAGGAGGCAGCUUGGAUCUUUAUCCAGGAAACUCUUCCCAGGAGAAGAAAUUCCCCGGAGGACCACCAGAUAAGCGGCCAGUGGAGCCCUGGCCACUGGGGGGCACCAUGGAGCGGAGGCACACCAUCUGCAGCCUGGACUGGAAGAUGGCCCGGGGUGGGCAGGACAGGAGGCCCAGUGGGGGCGGCAGCCUGGAGCGGAAGCAGGGCACAGGCAGCGGGGAGAAGAAGCCGGUGGCAGGAGGAGGAGGCGGCAGCAGCAGGCCCUUUGGCAGCUGGGAACGCAGGCAGACCUACAGCGGGAGCUGGGAGCGCCGACCCCUGGGCAAAGUCGGAGGCAGCUGGGAGUGCCGGCAAGCGAGUAAAGCGGGGGGCAGCUGGGAGCACCGGCAGGCCUACAGUGGGAGCUGGGAGAGGGGCAAGACCUGCGGCAGCUGGGAGAGGAGGCACACGGGGAACAACCCACUGGACCCCAAGGAGCCCAGCCCCGAAGCCUACUGCAACCUUGUCAUCCUGGCCGUGGCUAACAGGGACACGGCCGAGGAAUUGUGCGCCCUCAUCUGCCAGGUUUUCCAAAUAAUCUACGGGGACCAGACCAUUGAGUGUGUGGACCGGGCUGGCUACCACUACACAUCCACCCCCAAGCGGCUUUGGCUCUCCAGCCGGAGCGAGAGCUGCCGGACGGACGGGACAUACGGAUACGAUGCUGACUUCAGCUGCAGCGGAAGCUCCUUCGAUGGCUCCCACGACACUUUCGAUGCCUACUGCAGCGGCACGUCCUCCCCUUCCUUCUACCAGUCGCAUCACAGCCUGGCUACAGCCUGCAGCGGCAGUGAUCAGAGCAGCGCUGCUGCUGGCCUGGAGCAGCUGCAAGACUAUAUGAUCACGCUAAGAAACAAGCUGACCCCACAGGAGAUCCAGCAGUUUGCCCUUUUGCUCAGGGAAUACCGGAUGGGCCUGGCGGUGGAGGGAUACUGUGCUGGCCUCCUCCAGCUCUACGGGGAAAAGCGGAAGUUUCUUCUCAUGGGGAUGCGGCCCUUCAUUCCUGAUCAGGACGUUAGCUACUUCGAGAGCUUCCUGGAGAACAUCGGCAUCCGGGAGGGGGGGAUCCUGACGGACAGCUUUGGGCGCAUCAAGCGGAGCAUGAGUAACACCUCGGCCUCAGCUGUGCGCAGCUAUGACAGCUGCUCCCUACGCUCCAGCUCGGCAUCCUUCAACCGCAUGAUCACUGACAUCACCCACGAUAUCGAGGCCCUGGCGUGUGACGAGGAGGACGAGGAGGAGGGAGGUGAUGAGGAGGACGAAGAAAACGACCUCUGAGGAGUCCCCUGGACCCAGGAGGAGGAGAGCCGGCCUGCCUGUGCCCUGCAAGGAUUGCCAAGAGCUCUUUGGAGCUUCCCAUCAAGAAGGACCGUCCUGGAAGAGGAGCUGAGCCAGCCACGGUGCCGAGGGGAUUUCUGGCCCAGGAGGGGCUGGCUCCAGGGGCCGGCCAGGUUGGGCCCUGGCUCGGUGGGGCUAGCAAGGGCUGCCGGAGGCCACAUGGCAGGGCCUGCUGGGCAAAAGCAACAGUGGCAGCUCUUCCACACCCACCAUCAGCAAAGGGGGCUCAGAAGAGGAGCUGUGGUCCCAUCUCCCCCUCCCCAUCCCAGGAGGAGGAGGAGGACAAGAUGCCAAAGACGCUGACACUGAUCCCCCCACCACCACCCUCUCACCUGCCAAAGCAUCCACCCCCCACCCCUUGCAGGGCCCUCGGGAUUCUCAUGCCUGGCUCUCGUCCUGGCCCCACUGAAAAUGUGCCCAACUUUUCUCUUUGCACCCAGCGCUGAAAGAGACUAGCAUGGCAGCCUCUUUGCUCAGAGGCUCCAAAUACGCACGUUGGCGGCAGAGCCCAAUCAUCAGUGUGGCACAAGGAGCAGGCGGCGCUCAUAUUUGUCAGGGGCCUCCUCCCUGCCGCCCCCUUUGCUGCUUCUACUUGCCUGGGGCUGCCCUGUGGAGAGUCUAAUCUUGGAGCAGGGCAGAGGCUGGCUGGUCCCGCUGUGGCCUCCUGCUGUGACCCAUGCAUAGCAACUGGAGACCUGGUGGGUAACCCCAAGCAACACAUCGUCAACAACACGCAAGGCUCCCUCCCCUCUGGGCUAACUCCUGGCUCAAGCCUGGGGCUUUCCAGGGCUCCAUGGUGUGAUCGGAAUUCCUUUUUUCUGCAGAGGCCUCUCAGCCUUCUUUAAGUAAAGACGUAAGAACAGCCCUGCUGGAUCAGGCCCAAGGAG